UAAUAAUUAAACUAAAUUCCAAAAAGCAAUUUUCAUAUUAUUGAUUAAGUAAUCCUAAUAUAAAAACAAAAAAGGAAAUGAUAAACUAGGGGCAUUUCGGUAACUUCCAUAUCGACAUGCCGAAACAAUUUGAUUAAUCAAAUCUCACCCUCCCUCUUUUCUUUUUCUUCCCACCGCUUCUCCGUCGAGUGAUUAAGGUACUCUCCGGCGAACUUCCUCGAAUAUCUCCGAUUGUACCCGAGAAUCUGUUAAAUACCAUUUAUACCCUUUCAAAACCCCCCAUUCCGUUCAAUCAUAAACCCUUCUUUUGCCCGAUUUGGAUCAUCAAUCGUAUACGCGUUGUGUAUCUACAUCCAAUAAUGCGCGGAUGGCCCAGUACAGGCAAUCCGGUGGCGGCGGCGGCGGCGGAAAUGGGGCGCGAAACGGUGUCGUGUCGGAUCACGUUUCAGUCGGAGUCCGUGGCGGUUCGAGGCACAUCCACCACCGUCGAUUGAAGGCGCCGCCUGCUUAUAAGAUCUCCAUUGGAUUCUGCAUCCUGACGCUCGCUAUUAUUUUGUUGAUCUCCACUUUUUUCUAUUUCUCGUUGCAGAGUAAAGGAGGUGAUAUAAACAGGCACCAAGUUCAAGAUGAUGACACGGGCAAUGAAACAGAUUUUCUCAUGGAUGUUACACAGCUACAAAAAUCCAAGGAGCUCAAAUUCGGCCAUGGAUCCGUUGCUCAUGGCAGGGAUUCACGGGACUGGGACAAGGAUGACAGAAGAAGAGAUGAGGAUUAUAGUGAGGAAGAACAGGAGCGUGUUCGAGAUGGUUCUGUUGAUAAGGUUCACACUCCAGUGAAAAACAUCGAUAAAAAAGAUUCUCACGAAGUUUUGGGUAAACAAGGAAUUGGCUUGUACAAUGAGGUUGGGCGCGAUGAAUUGAAAAUCUACCAGGCUGAAUACGAGGCCUCUCUAAACGGAAGCCACAGAUCUGGAGAGACUGACGAGAGGGAACGCAAAGCAUUAGAGGAUAAUGAUGAAUAUGAUGAUGGUAUUGACUUACAGGAUGAUCAAAUGGAAGAUGGUGAUGAUGUUGGGCAUGAUGACAAGGACCACUCUAGUGCCACAGAGCCUCGUACUGUUAGAAACAAGAAGCAAAGCAUCAAUGAGGAAUCUGAUAAAGAUUCCACUGGUUUGUUAAGCAAAGGAUCUUCUUUGGAAUCCCAGCAUGCUCAAGUUGAUGCAGUUUCUGGGCAUGCGAAUUCUGUAGAAGCUCACCAUGUUCGAAAGGUGAUGCCUGGAAAACGCUCAGGUUCAAGAAAGAAGCCUAAGCGUCGAAAGUUUUCUGGUUCUUGUGAAAUGAAAAUUUCGAAUUCCAGUACACUACUUGUGGAGCCAGUGGAAAGUCGAAAGUUUGCAAGGUUCUCCUUGCAAUACACAAAGAAAGAAGAGAAGCCCUUUGGAGAUGAAAAAUGGGAGCCUAGAUUUGCCGGACAUCAGAGUCUCGGAGAAAGGGAAGAAUCUUUCAUUGCUCGUGAUCAGAAAAUUAACUGUGGGUUUGUAAAAGGUCCUAAGGGGUCACAAAGUACAGGGUUUGACUUAGCUGAAGACGAUGCAAAGUAUAUUAGUAGUUGCCACAUUGCUGUUAUGUCUUGCAUAUUUGGCAAUUCUGAUCGCUUGAGAUCACCAAUUGGCAAAACUGUCUCUCGUACAUCGAGGAAAAACGUAUGCUUUGUCAUGUUCGUAGAUGAAGUAACUUUACAAACUCUUUCAGCAGAAGGCCAAAUGCCCGAUACAAUGGGCUUUGUGGGAUUAUGGAAGAUUGUGGUGGUGAAGAAUCCUCCUUUCACCGAUAUGCGGAGAGUGGGAAAGAUACCGAAAUUUUUGCCACAUCGACUAUUUCCUUCAGCCAGGUACUCAAUUUGGUUGGACAGCAAACUUCGCCUCCAGCUCGAUCCAUUGCUUAUCUUGGAAUACUUCCUAUGGAGAAAAGGUUACGAGUACGCUAUUUCAAAUCACUAUGACCGCCAUUGUUUGUGGGAAGAGGUUGCCCAAAACAAGAAGCUCAACAAGUACAACCAUAGUGUUAUAGACGAACAAUUUGCAUUCUAUCAAGCAGACGGCAUGAAAAGAUUUAACGCAUCAGACGCUAACAAGCUUCUACCCAGCAAUGUACCAGAAGGGUCGUUCAUCGUCAGGGCUCAUACACCAAUGUCGAACUUGUUUUCUUGCCUCUGGUUUAACGAGGUUGACCGUUUUACACCUCGUGACCAGCUAAGUUUCGCCUACACGUAUCACAAAUUAAGACGGACAAAUCCCGAAAAACCCUUUUUUCUCAACAUGUUCAAGGACUGUGAGAGGCGAAAGAUAGCUAAAUUGUACCAUCAUAGGUCCGAGGAGCGGAGGAAUAUUCCCCUACACGAAACAGAGUAGUUCUUUACGAUCCCGAUUUUAAUCAAGAAACUUCAUAUGCCCUUUCGGAGAAAUAUGCGUUAAUUGUGGAGGGUGACGGAUAUGGUACAAUACGGUGUAUAUUGCAAAACUUUAUGUCGGGGGUGGUGAAAAGGACAUUGCUUCCAUUGAUACUAUACGAACAAGCUUUAAAAGGUCAGUCCUCGAUUCGCUUCAUAGAUAGAAGAAAGACAUAUAUAUGACGGGCCAUUGUGCCUUAAUUCGAUUCAUUUAGUUACUUAUAUUGAACCGUGUAAUCCAUAAUGAAGCACUUGAUAUAUUUGUACUAAUAUUUUUCAAAGCUGCUUCUGUUUUUCUUCGAUGCAUGCCGUGAUUAUGUAUUCGUCCAAUUUUUGAUU